CCCUGGCAGAUUGAUGACAGGAUGUGUGGCUCCAGGUAUAAAGAACCUGGCAGCCAGGACUUCACCAGUGUACUACUGGGCCUGCCGCCAGGUGCGAGGCUGUUCUCUGCCUGCUGCCACUGCCACCAUAGCCAGCACUGUGAUGUUCCUCCCUGGGAUCCUGCUUCUGGCCUGGUUGCCUGCUGGCCUGGCCCACCAAAGCCCCACAUUUGGGGGUGCCCUUCCUGGCUAUGGGACCCCACGUUGCUACUCGGCUGAGGAACUGACUCAUGGCCACGUCCCCCCACACCUACUGGCUCGAAGUGCCAAAUGGGAACGGGCCUUGCCUGUGGCCCUCGUGUCCAGCCUGGAAGCAGUGGGCCACAGAAGGCAACACAAGGAGUCCCCGGUGGGGACCCAGUGCCCCAUACUGCGGCCAGAGGAGGUAUUGGAAGCAGAUACCCACCAGCGCUCCAUCUCACCCUGGAGAUACCGAAUCGAUACAGACGAGAACCGCUACCCACAGAAGCUCGCUGUCGCCGAGUGCCUGUGCCAGGGCUGCAUCAACGCCAGGACAGGCCGCGAGACGGUGGCCCUCAACUCCGUGCGGCUGCACCAGAGCCUGCUAGUGCUACGCCGCCAGCCCUGCGCCCUCAAUGGCACGGGAGCCCCCACACCCGGGGCCUAUGCCUUCCACACCGAGUUCAUCCGCGUGCCUGUGGGCUGCACCUGCGUUCUGCCCAGGUCGACACAGUGA